GAUUGAGCGUACUGCGAACUUGUCUUCUCCCUUGAGCUCGUUUUCUCUCUGCAAAAAAGGAAAAAAAUGGAAGGACUGAACUUGGAUAAAUGGGGUUAUGAAGUUAAAACCUCUUCCGAUUCUUGCAUUUCCGCAAUCAACGACUACUACCACCAGGUGCUUGCUUAUGGGAGAAAUAGGAAAGUGAUCUUAGAAGCGGUUGUUCAUGACAAACACUGUGUUUUAGCCAACAUUUUGGCUGCCCAUUUCCUCCAUUCCUCUGACCCUUCAGAGGCUGAUCCACUUGUAGAAGCUGCCAAGUCAAGAAUUGAACAAGCCACUUCUUAUGAGAAAGCCGUUUUCGAAGCUAUCAUUUAUUUGAUUUGUCAUGGUAGAGAUGAUGAUGUUGCCGUGGAGUUACACUCUAAGCUCUUGCGAGAUUUUCCAAGGGAUCUUGUUUCAUUGAAGAGGGCACAACUACUGUGCUUUUAUAUGGGUCGGGCUGAUUUGUCCUUAGGUCUUGUUCAGCAGGUUCUACCUCAAAAUCAACAAGAAAAUUACAUAUAUGGCAUGCUUGCAUUCCCUUUAUUAGAGCUUGGACGAAUGGCAGAUGCAGAGGAUGCUGCAAAAAAGGGGUUUGAAAUAAAUAAGCAAGACUUUUGGUCACAACAUGCUUUGUGCCAUGUUCUUCAGUAUGAGUGUCGGUACAAAGAAGCAGUGCUGUUCAUGGAAGAAUGCUCAAAGUCAUGGAGUUCUUGUUCAUCAUUCAUGUUAACUCACAAUUGGUGGCAUGUGGCUCUUUGUUAUUUGGAGGGUCAUUCUCCAAUUACAAAGGUCAGAGAAAUUUAUGAUGAUCGUAUAUGGAAGGAGUUGGAAAGAACUGAUGCAGUUCCUGGGGAGGUGUACCUAAAUGCUUUGGGUCUGUUGUUGCGGAUUUAUAUACGGGGAAAACUGGAUGUCUUUGAAGAUCAGUUGCAAAUUUUGGCAGCAUCUCUAACAGAUCAAGUGAACUGGUUUUUAGAGUGGCACCUUGAUUUGUUGAUAUUAUGGGCCUUGGCGUUUACUGAGGAACUUUCUAAAGCUGAAGAUUUACUAAACGGCUUGAAGUUGAGACUUUCCAAGAUGAGCAAGAAGAAGCAACAAAUAAUGCAAAGAGCGAUGCUGCUUGCGGAAGCUGUAUAUGAGUUUGGACGAGGUAAUGAAAAGCAAGCACUAGAAAUACUCGGUCCUGAUUUCGAUGCAUAUACUUAUAAGAUUAUCGGAGCAUCCGAUGAACAGGUUGAUGUAUUUAAUGAAAUCUGGUACGUUAUGUUGCUGAAUACUGGACAAGCUACCAAAGCCAUUGAAUCCAUCGAGAAACAGAUCAAGAAGAGGGAUGGAGCUCCUUUCCUAUGGCGUCUACUGGAGAAAGGCUAUAUGCUAGGUGGCAGGCCGGAAGCCGCGACUAUCGGCGAAAAGGCCAGAGUGUUGGAGACGGCAUAUUUCAACUAAGCCUAUCUGUAGCCACAUAUAUAUAUAUAUAUAGCUUUAGUUUCAAUAAGAGGUUGAAUCAACGUUCACCACCACAAAGAAACUAGAAUGCAACAUCUUCCUGUAAACUUGCAUAUUCACAUCGUGUAGCAUGUAAAAUGUAUGCACCUUUGAUUGGUCA